UCUCCACUCAUUGUAUUUGAAUCAAUUUCAAUUUCAAUCAUUUAAGAUUUCCUGCAUUUACUUAAAGACAUCACAAACUGCAAAGACUUUACUUAUAGAAUUAUCAUAACACGAUGAGAAUUAUUCUAUUUAUUUUUAAUGACGUCCACAGUGCUUAGAUGAAACUUGGUAUUUGGCUGUAGAUUUCCAGCUUUACCUGGCCGCUCCUUUUCUUUUGAUUAUGAUGUGGAAAUAUGGAAAGAAGUUUGCUCCUGUUCUUGUCGCACUUGCUUUAACAUCAACUGGUUAUGUUACUUGGGCUUUUGUUAAUAAAGGUUACGUUGGAGUUGUUAUUGGAGUAAAUCAAGACGAAUGGACAUUAACUAACAUUCCAACGCACGCAAGGACUACAUCUUGGUUAGUUGGACUUGGACUUGGUUAUUUCAUGCAUAUAAAUCGACAGACCAAAUUCCAAAUACCAAAAAUUAUUCAAAUAUUGGCUUGGAUUAGCAGCCUCGCAACUCUCUUCUUUAUUGUGUUUGGACCUUAUAUGAUCAUGGAUGACAAACGUUCCUCGACCAACUUCCUAGCUACAAUGUAUGAAAGCUGGAAGCGAACAUUGUGGGCAAUUGCUUUAGCUUGGAUAGCUUUUGCAUGCCACUUUGGCUUUGGAGGCACAAUUAACUCAUUCCUGUCGCAUCCAAUUUGGCAGCCAAUUGCACGAUUGGGAUAUACUAUGUACCUCGUUCAUAUGAGUGUUUUGUGAAUCUUAUUGGGUUCUAGGCGAUUGUUGGGAUACUUUUCAG